CAUCAAUCAUCACAUAUCAUUGUAAUUUGCUCUCUUUCUCCUGGCAAUUUAUUCUCAUUUCUCACCAAACUCGAAAAAUCAGCUCACGAAAUCAAAUCAAUAUGCAGAAGAACAGUAAAAGAUCGGCGUUGGUUGCUCGGCGAGCAUGGAGAUUCCUCCGUCUAGCUUUGCUGUGGGCUAGAAAAGGCGGCAUUUUGAAGAACAGGCUAAUGCUAGCUAAAGUACAGUUGAUCAAAACCAUCAAACAUCAUCAACACAACAAUUCAUCCGCCAUUGGAUACGGCGAAAGAGAGCUUUCUUUCGAUGAAACUCCAGUCAUACACUUGAAGAUGAGUCGGCCCUCUUCAUUGCGCUUCAAAAUGCCUAACAUCCCCUGCAUCAAUCCGGCCGCUUCUCCCAUCGUGGAUUUCCACUAUGAUUUUAGCCGACAGCCGGAAUCUUGGGAUGACUAUGAUGAUUAUGAGCAGCAGUACAAGGGAGAGGAUCAGGAGAUUGUGUACAGGAAGAGUUUCUUGAACAAUGAUGAUGAUGAUGAAGACAGCCCGGAGGACUAUGGGAAUGGUGGUGAAGAACAAGAAGAAGGUGGAAUCGAUAUGAAAGCGGAAGAAUUCAUAGCCAAAUUCUACCAACAAAUGAAGCUGCAAAGGCAAAUAUCGUAUUUGCAGUACACUGAGAUGAUCAAUAGAGGUGCAAGCUAAUUCAUCAGAUCAGAGGCCAAUGAUACACAUUAAUAUAUACAUACGAAUUUUCACUUCCUCCUUUUCUUCUCCAUACACAUAUAGAUUUUUGUAUACAUAGACAUCAUCAAAUACGGAGUUCUUGAUUUUGGAUUUAGAAGUAGGUCUUGCGGCAUUUUUCUUCUUCUUCUUGGAGAGCACAUUUACUUGUCCAUUCAAUAAAAGCAAAGUCCUCUUCUUUUGCCUUUUUAAGCAUUGUUUUUCCAGAUUGUAGAGUUUCAGGAAAGUGUAUUGAUUUCAGAGUCAGCUCAACAUCUAGAUUUGUAUAAUGGCCUAACAUUAGUUUGGAAACGCUAAGAACAUCUCAAAUUCUCAAAGAGAUUCUAAAUCAAACGAUUCAAAACAGUUUUAGUCCACAUAGUACCAUACCCGCCCGACCUAUUACCCAAAAACAUAACAGAAACAAACAACGUAGAACAGCUGUUAUAAACCAUAUCACAACCAAAACUUCUGUCGGGGCUACACAAGAAUUUUUUCCAUCAAACUUUCUUGAUGGCUAACAAAAUCAUCAGAACCAACAUUUGCUAAUUCCGAGUGUUUAAAACUAAGAUCAACCUAGAAAAGCUUUAAGGGUACCCCGGCACUUCAUUUAAUUGAAAUCUGCUAAUGCCACAGUUCUCCUCAAACAUCAAUUACAUGCUGACUUCACACCUGUAGAACCACCUUUCUUUGCAGCUUUGUCUCUAUAAGAUGAAUGUCCUUCUUGUUGAUAAUUGAAGGACGGUGAAACUGGAUACCUGAAGAGGAUGCUGCGAUGAGUCACCAGAAGUCUAAAAGGCUAAAAGCACUGUGAUGCAGUUGGAAUUAUAUGCGAGACAUAUGCUAUCAAAAUGACAAAAAUUGAGGCACAAGUCACAGGAAAGUACAAAACAUGUCUUGUCUGCUUAUAUUGCAUACGGAUAGUGAAAUAGAUAUGAUUUCGUACCAAGUCACAAAACUAAAUCCUCCUAUCAGACAACAAAACCGACUCACAUUAUAGAUCCUAUCUGUGGCAUAAUAUCAUACUCUGUGCAUGGAGAGAAAGGUAUUGACAAAUAUGUCUUAUUCUUUUUCUGCUCACACCGUUUUCCCAGGUGUUGCCCCGUCUAAGUUCAGAAAAAUAGUUAACCCAGCCCAAGCUCUUUUUACUUUCACCUGACAAGAGCUUCGCGAAUGGCCCGUUGUCUUGGAAGCAAAAUUUACUCAUCCAUCAAACUCUAGCCCGAGGUUUAAAUUGCAAAGUAAUAAACAUUUUAGCAUUUCCAGACAGAUGGCGAAGUGCCUUACCAAGCACAAACAGUAAGAAC